AUGGGCGUACCUUUCGAAGCUCUUCUGCCCUAUGCCAUCAUGGUCGGCAUGUUUGGGGUUACAGGUGCUGGUCUCGCCUCAAUUCGGUACUAUGCAAACGACUUCAAGCAGCCGAGGAGACAAUUAGAUGUGUGGGACAGGCAAAUGAUGGAAAGAGACCACCGGUUGACCGGGAAAAUAAGAGGACAGUCAGAUGCUGUGGUGGCCCCGGCCGGCUUUGAAGUAAACAGCAGAUGGAAGGCCGAGCCUCGCAUUACUUAG